AUGGACGCGGGGCGAGCCGGACGCCUCGGGGGCACCGAGGCCGCACCGCCGCCGUUCGCGCACGUCGCCCCCUCGCUCUUCCUCGGGAACGCGCGCGCCGCGGCCGCGACGGAGCUGCUGGCGCGCGCGGGCGUCACCCUGUGCGUGAACGUCUCGCGCCAGCAGCCGGGCCCACGCGCGCCCGGCGUGGCCGAGCUGCGCGUGCCCGUGUUCGACGACCCGGCCGAGGACCUGCUGGCGCACCUGGAGCCCACCUGCGCCGCCAUGGAGGCCGCCGUGCGCGCCGGCGGCGCCUGCCUCGUCUACUGCAAGAACGGCCGCAGCCGCUCGGCCGCCGUCUGCACCGCCUACCUCAUGCGGCACCGGGGGCUCAGCCUGGCGCGGGCCUUCCAGGCCGUGAAGAGCGCCCGCCCGGUGGCCGAGCCCAACCCCGGCUUCUGGUCUCAGCUCCAGAAGUACGAGGAGGCCUUGCAGUCCAGCUCCCGCCCACUCCCGGAGCCGUCGGGACCCUGAGCCCUGGGGGUCAGCCUAACCCCAAGCCAGGACUCCGAGACGGACUCAGAGGUUCCUGGGAUUACGUGGUCCCCCCACAGCUCCAGCUCACUGGACAAAGCUCCGUCAGGAAGAUCAACACCACUUGACCCUUAGGCAGAAAGACAUUUAUUACAGGGAAAUCAAGCCGGAGGCCGUGGUCAGGAGAUGGGGAAGUUCAGAGAGGUCACAGAGACCUGCCACCAUGAUGCUGGCUGCCGGCCACUGGACGUGGGCAGCUCUGGGAGGAGGCCUGGGGCUGCUGGCCAGCUCGUGCCUGUCACGUGCAAGCUCAUAACAGCCUCACACAGAUCCCCUCAGGUCUCAGAGCCCCACGUGGGACCUGGCCCGCAAGGCCCAUGGUUUCCAGACCUGUAGCUGCUGUGACAUGCAAGCAAGAGUACCCACCUCGUACCUCACUUACCUCCCGGUUUCAGCAAAGCACUGAGCCCCUGCCUGACCCCAGCAGCCC